CCGACCUGCCCAGGCGGGCCAGCUGGCUUGCCUCGGAGGGAGACGUCCAAGAGAGAGACCAAGUCAAAGCCACCGUGUCUCUUAUCACCUGGCCUCUGAAGUCCCACGCCAGUGCUUCUGCCUUCUGGUCACAAACCCAGCCCCUCAGCGUGGGAGCAUCAGCCCAGAGGCGUGAAUACCGACAGGGUUGAUUGGGGGUCCACCAGGGAUCAUCCUGGGGGUUCUGACAGUGGUGAUGACGAUGACUUGGGCGAGGGACCGGAUGUCAUCGAGUCUGGUCCUUGGGUGAGGACCGUGGUCCAAAUGAUUGCACAUGUACGUCUCUGCCAACAGGUGGCAGCACUUGUCCACAUCCUGGCUUUCGUUCUGCGUGUUGAUGACUGAUCGCAGCCUAAGUGCCAGAAACUGAGAAACCAAAGAGCCAUGUUCCUGCCCUGGCCAUGCCAUUUGUGAUUUAGUGAAUCAACUUGUGCAGCAGAGUGAAAAAAAAAUGGCUUUUGUUUAAUAGAGAUAAAUAUAGGUGGAGGAGGGUUGCCCAGUAGACUUUAUGGUAGCAAGCAGUAUAGGAUUGAGGAAGGGUGUUAGGACCGGGGUGACAGUGAUCACAGUGCAGGACAGAGUAGGGACAUCCCAGGAAAUGAAGCACCUUGAGCUGAGCAAUUUGGACACAUGCUGGAAUGUAUGGGAGGCCACUAAAGCGUUUGAAGCCGAGGAAUCUACUAGAAGCCAACUCUGACUGACUACACAGUAAAGGGGUGACUCUACAGGGAAUUGAGGGAAGAUGGGGAAAGUAGUGCCAGGCGAAGCUUCCAAGACCAAAGCUCAGAACCAUGCUGUAAAACUGGCCUGGUGCAGAAACUGCUACAAUCGGGAUUGUUGUUGUCACACACACUACCCUGCAGGAAGCUGCUGCCACCAUAGCCAGGAACCACUGGAGAAUGGCUGCCAUUCCUGUCAUCGAGUAUCACAUUCUUGUGUAACCUCCUGCACCAACAAAAUGCCAAACUUCCAAAAGAGCCUGUUGCUUCAUCUUGCUUCCAAAUCACAGGCUCACUGGAGUGCAUCUAAUAGAAUCUAGGUCCCACACCUGAGCUUGAACUCCAAAGGAGACUGGUAGCUGGGGUGUGAACUCCUCCCUUGGGGAAGCAGGACUCAUAGUAUUGAAAUCCACAUCCUCCCCCCACAAAUAUGGGGCAGGCUGUUCCGAAGGUGUUAGGAAGCAAUGUAUCUGACAGGUGUAUAAUGCCAAGGGCACACUCAGAUCUGAAAUGUGAAUCUGUCAUCUAUCGCUGAAGGGCGGAGGGGUAGAGAUUGCAUCAGUUUCUUCACUUCACCACCAGUGACAUUUUGGGUCACAGAGGCCUUACUGUGGGGACAGUUCUAUGCAUUGUACGAUGUUUAGCAGCAUUCCUGAACUCUCUCCACAAAAUAUCAGUACCACCCUCUACCUCCCAAGUUGUAAGAACCAAAGGUGCUUCAUAAAUUGAUAAAUAUCCCUCCGGAGACAAAAAUCACCUUGAAAACCACCGAAUUUGAGACCAGCUCAGGAAGGUCUUUUGGUAACAGAGAAGAAAUGAAUUUGUGGACUGUCAGUGGAUGGACAGGGAAAAUGUCACAGAAAAAACAAUGCAAGACUACUGUGAUGAUACUCUUUGGAGACCAUUUUCGGAGCCCAUCUAUAGUCUACUUCUGAGUACUACGUACGCCUAUAUGUAUGCAAAGACCAUUCCUGUUAUCUGGGGCUGUUUCUUCCUGUGGAAUCUCUACAGCUCAUCCUCUCAGACCAUUUACCCUGGCAUCAAGGCAAGGGUUACUCAACGGGCCCUGGACUAUGGUGUCCAAGCUGGGAUGGAGAUGAUUGGGCAAAUGUUAAAAGAAAGGAACAUCCCAGACUUACAAGGUUCUGAGUCUCUUGACUUUCUAAAGGUUGAUUAUGUGGACUAUAAUUUUUCAAACAUAAAAAUCAAUGCCUUUUCAUUUCCAAAUACUUCCUUAGCCUUCGUGCCUGGGGUGGGAAUCAAAGCACUGACCAACCACGGCACUGCCAAUGUCAGCACCAACUGGGCGGUCAAGUCUCCACUCUUCAAAGACGCAGGAGGAGCAAAUCUGUUCCUCUCCGGGGUCUACUUUACUGGUAACAUUAUCCUAAACCGAAAUGACUUUGGUCAGCCUCUCCUGAAGCUUGAAGACUGCUAUGCCCAAGUGAGCCAUGCCCACGUCUCAUUUUUUGGACAGUUCAGUGUCCUGUAUAACUCCUUUGCUGAGCCCAUGGAGAAACCCAUUUUAAAGAACUUAAAUGAAAUGCUCUGCCCCAUUAUCACAGGCGAGGUUGAAGCACUGAACGUCAAUCUCAGCACACUGGAGGUCCUAACCAAGAUUGACAACUACACUCUUCUGGAUUAUUCCAUAAUCGAUUCUCCAGAAAUUACUGAGAACUCCCUUGACGUGAAUUUUAAGGGCACCUUCUACCCUCUGGAGAACCUUGUCGACCCCCCCUUCUCACCAGCUCCUUUUGUGCUGCCCGAGCGCAGUGACUCUAUGCUCUACAUUGGGAUCUCGGAGUACUUCUUCAAAUCUGCAUCUUUUGCUUAUUACACAGCGGGGGCUUUCGAUGUCACGUUCUCCACCAAAGAGAUUUCCAACCAUCUCAUUCAAAAUUCUCAAGGCCUUGGCAACGUGCUCUCCCGGAUUGCAGACAUCUACAUCUUGGCCCAGCCCUUCAUGGUGCGGAUCAUGGCCACAGAGCCUCCCAUUAUCAACUUACAACCGGGCAACUUCUCCCUGGACAUCCCUGCCUCCAUCAUGAUGCUCACCCAACCUGAGAACUCCACUAUGAAAACCAUCGUGUCCAUGGACUUUGUUGCGAGUACCAGUGUUGGCCUGGUUAUUUUGGGACAAAGACUUAUCUGCUCCUUGUCUCUGAACAGAUUCCGCCUGUCUUUGCCGGAACCCAAACGCAGCAAGAUUGAGGUCCUGAGGUUUGAGAAUAUUUUGUCCUCCAUCCUUCACUUUGGGGUCCUCCCCCUGGCCAACGCAAAAUUGCAGCAAGGAUUUCCUCUGCCCAACCCUUACAACAUUUCAUUCGUCAAUUCAGAUAUUGAAGUUCUUCAGAGCUUCCUUCUGAUUUCCACCGACCUGAGGUAUGAAGCAUCCUUGAAGCAGCAGCCAAGUCUCGCUGGUUGGAAAGACCUGAACCUGCUCAGUGGACAGUGGCAGGGGAAGCCUGCCCCGUGACUGCCUCUUGCAAUCCACCCCAGGAAGCCGAUGGCCGUGAAUCCCACAGCUCCUGUCAACCCAGAGCGGAAUGGCAGUGCACACUGGGGUGAUACAGCCCUGGUGACUUGCUCAGGCAGGAAGUUUCUAGAAGGAGACAAAGUGGGCUAACGGGCAGACUGGGCUAUGUGUGCCUUUGAGCCCGGAGUGUUGGGGGGGGGGGGUGGAUGUGUGUGCAUGCUGGGUGUGCCUGCGUUUUCAGGGUUCUAGGGCAGAGAGCUAGGCAGGCACCUCUGACAGGUGAGUAAGAAACCCCGAAGUCUGUGCUUGUGUCGGUGCCACCAGUGGAGACCCCUUCAGCUCUCGAGUGUUUGCGCUACCUGUAUAUUGGAUGUUAUGUUUUAUAUUCACCAUUACUGUCCCCCUGAGUUUCAUUAAAAUGGUUUUCUAUCAAUG